AUGUCAGCGAGAUGGAGCUCAGCCCUCAGUGGGCGGCGCCGCCUGCGCCAGAUCCGCCACGCUGGCCCGUCUCGCAACAUCCCGACGGGUGUCCGCGCCCUCCUGGACCAGGAGUGGGCGAAGUUGCCGUGCGCCCAGCAGGCCGCCGCCACCCGCGCGGCAGCGUGGAUCAUGUCCCAGGGCAUCGGCGGCGUCGGCUGGGAUGCGGCCAUCGGCCCAGGGGCCGACAUCUCGAGGUACUCGGUCAUCGAAGGCAUCGCCCUCGACCUCAAAGCGGAGGCGCAGCUGGACGCCAUGGCCAGCGAGGACUUCGCGGCCGACUUCGCGGCGCGGUGGAGCGAGGGGCUGAGGCUCGCAGAGGGCGAGGCACGCGCCGGCGGAAGGCGGCAGCUGGAGCUGCAGGCCAAGGUCGGGGGCCACCUGUCGCUGGCCGCGGACGCCCAGCGCCGCCACGCCGAUCUCGCCGCCGCGCGGGCGAAGGCCGCCGGCGCGGCCGCGGCCGCGGCCGAGGCCGCGGGCGAGGAGCAGCGGCGGGCCGCCGAGGAGGCGGACAGGGCGCGUGUGGAAGCGGCGCUGCGAGAGGCGGAGCAGCAGAGGCUGGUGCCAGUGAAGGUCAAGGUCCAGGGCCUGCGGAUGUCGCGCAUCUCGGACAUCCAGCAGUUCGGCCAGAACUUCGCGAACUCCGUCCAGGCCUUGUGA